AUGUCUGAGGGCAGCCAGGCAGGGGUCCCAGCUGAGGGGGGGCUGAGGGGUGCCCCUGACAGCACCCAGGAUGUGGCUGAGCCCAGGGAGGAUGUGGGGAGUGAGGGCCUGGCAGCCAGUCCAAGCCCAGGCAAUGUGGAGGACGUGUAUGAGCUACUGGAGAAGCUGGGCAGUGGCCACUUUGGCGUGGUGAGGCUCUGCCGUGAGCGCAGCACCGGCACCUUCUACGCUGCCAAAUUUGUGAAGACCCAGCGGUGCUGGGGCAGCCGCCUGGGGCUGGAGCGGGCACAGGUGGAGCGGGAGGUCGCCAUCCUCCGCCAGCUCGACCAUCCCAACAUCAUGCAGCUCCACGACCUCUUCACCAGCAGAGCUGAAGUGGUGCUCGUCCUGGAGCUGAUCAGUGGUGGAGAACUCUUCGACUUCAUUGCGGAGAAGGAGAUGCUGUCAGAGGAGGAGGCCAUCGAGUUCCUGGAGCAGAUCCUGAGUGGGGUGGAAUAUCUGCAUUCUCGCCUCAUCGCUCACUUCGACCUCAAGCCUGAGAACAUCAUGCUGCAGCAGAAGGAUGUCCCCAAGCCCUGGAUCAAGAUCAUCGACUUUGGGCUGGCCCAGCAGCUGGAGGAUGGCAUCACCUUCAAGAGCCUCUGUGGGACCCCCCAGUACAUCGCUCCUGAAGUGAUCAAUUAUGAGCCACUGAGCCCCGCGACCGACAUGUGGAGCAUUGGAGUCAUCACCUACAUUCUGCUCAGUGGCCUGUCCCCCUUCCAGGGUGAGACGGAUGCUGAGACCCUCUCCAAUGUCGUGGCUGGUGCCUACGAGUUCGAGGAGCGCUGCUUCAGCCAGACCUCCGAGCUGGCCAAGGACUUCAUCCGCCAGCUGCUGGUGAAGGAGCCACAGCACCGCAUGACAGCAGCCGAGUGCCUGGUGCACCCCUGGAUCAAGCCCCUGAGCAGGAAGCAAGCACUGAGCCGGAGCCGUUCCUCCAUCAACAUGAGAAACUUCCGCAAGUUCAACGCCCUGAGGAAGUGGAAGCUUUCCUACAACGCCGUGUCCGCCUGCAACCGGCUGUGCCGCACGCGGCUGCUCUGCCACCUCGGCAAGGAGGAUGAGGAGCUGCGCUGCUGUGAGAGCGACCAGGAGGAGGAGAGGAGCCCCCACAUCGCUCUGCUGCGCCGGCGGAGAAGCAGCUGCUCCUGAUUUCCUCCAAAAAAAGACAGGACCCCUGCAAGGGGAGCCUUUGGGGUCCCCCCAUCGCCCCAUCCAAGGGGGCAGGGGCGCUGUCCAGCCCCAGAGCUCCCAGUCCAUGGUGUUGGAGGGUCACUGGGGCAUCAGCACCCCACUCCUGCCCCCAGGUUUUGCUGCAGUGGAGCUCGUGCUGCCCCAGGGCUGGGACCCUCCUCUCUGCUUUGUCCUAA